AUGAGCCGAGCAGGCAGUGUCUCUCUCCGGGCCCUCCAGGGCAUCUUGGCCGUGGCCAAUCUCGGCCUUUCUGCGUACGUCGUAAACUGGUACCGGACGUCAACGUCUCAGUCACCAGACGGCUCCGUCAGCUUCCUCCUCGCCGCGUCCGUCAUAUCCAUCUUGUCGAUUCUGUACCUGGAGCUGGUGCCGCGCUUCGUCAGCCGACUCGCGCAUCCCUAUGCAGCACUGGCGGUCCAGGGGCUCAACACCGCUCUCUACUUUGCCGGCUUCAUCGCCCUCGCCGUCUACGUCGGCAACCUGACCUUUUGUGAGGGCUCUGUCUGCAGGGCGAGUCGGGCGGACGCCGCUGUCGCGGCGGGUGCGUUUUGUGCGUGGAUCGCGUCCACCAUUUUGACGGCCAAGCAGAUGAUUGUUGGAGGCGCCGCGGCAAGGCAGAAGGCGGCACCGAUGGGCAAGGUUUAG